AGGCAGCCCAAUGUGGAUGAGAAACAGAUUGCCAAGCUUCAUACAAAGGCCAAUCUGAGGAAGUUCAUGGAUCUCAUCCAGCAUAAUCAGGUGGACAAAGUGUCUAAGAUGUUGGAGAGGGGCUUCGAUCCCAACUACCAUGACAGUGAGACCGGUGAGAGCCCACUGACUUUUGCAGCGCACCUGGACAAUGCAGUAGAGUUGAUCAAGGUGCUGAGGAAUGGAGGAGCUCACCUGGACUUCAGAGCCAAAGACGGCAUGACUGCUCUCCACAAAGCUGCACGCUCCAAAAACAAUGUCACACUCACGACACUACUGGAGUUGGGAGCUUCACCAGACUACAAGGACAGCCGUGGUCUGACUCCUCUGUAUCACAGCGUGGUCGUGGGAGGAGACCCGGGCUGCUGCGAGCUCCUGCUGAACCACCAUGCCUCAGUCUGCUGCCAGGACGAGAAUGGCUGGCAUGAAGUUCAUCAGGCUUGUCGUCAUGGCCAUGUGCAGCACCUGGAGCAUCUGCUGUUCUAUGGAGCAGACAUGAGUGCUCAGAAUGCCUCUGGAAACACCGCUCUACACAUCUGUGCCCUAUACAACCAGGAUAACUGUGCCAGAGUGCUGCUUGUUCGUGGAGCCGACAAAGAAGUGAAGAACUACAACAGCCAGAGUCCAUUUCAGGUUGCCAUUAUUGCUGGGAACUUUGAGCUUGCUGAACUCGUCAAGAACCACAAAGAGACAGAUAUAGUGCCUUUCCGCGAGGCUCCAGCCUACUCCAAACGCCGCCGGGGUCCGUCUUCUGGUAACGGCAGCGGAAACGACCAGUCCCCCUCCUCGUUAUCAGCUCCACGGGUCCUGCUGCGCUCCAACAGCGACAACAACCUAACAGUCAGUCAGUACCAGCAGCAGCAGCACGGUUCUCCUGGCAACUGGGCCCCCCAUCUGCAGCAACACGCCCAGCCCCACCCACACAGGGCCCCCCAGCAGGGUCACUCGCAGCCUGGCUCCUCAGCAUUACAUCGCAGCCUGUCACCCCAGCUGCUCCAGCAGAUGCCCAGCGGCAGCCCCAAUGGCAACGUGGUGGUCCGGACCAUGGGGAGGGGGGCAAGGAGCCGGUCACCCUCCCUCAGCCGGCUGGGGGAGGAGGCCCGACGGGCUUUACCCUCACAGCGCCAGCCAAGUCCUAGCAGUCAUGGCGAGGCAGUAGGCACCAGAAGGAAGCUGUACAGCGCAGUUCCUGGGAGAAAUUUUGUGGUGGUUCGUCCUUACACCGCCCAAGCCGAGGGAGAGAUCAACCUCUACAAGAGUGACAGGGUCAAAGUUCUGAGCAUUGGAGAGGGGGGUUUCUGGGAGGGCAGUGCCCGCGGCCAGGUGGGCUGGUUUCCAGCCGACUGUGUGGAGGAGAUCCCGGCCAAGGCCACCGAGGAGAGGAGCUAUUCCCGAGCGGACCGUGCUGACAGACGGAAGCUCUUCAGACACUACACUGUGGGCUCCUAUGACAGCUUUGAUGCCUCCAGUGACUGCGUGGUGGACGAGAAGACGGUGGUGCUCCAGAAAAAGGAGAAUGAGGGAUUUGGCUUCGUCCUGCGAGGAGCAAAAGCGGAUACGCCCAUUGAGGAGUUUACUCCCACACCUGCCUUCCCCGCCCUGCAGUACCUGGAGUCUGUGGAUGAGGGAGGAGUGGCAUGGCAGGCGGGGCUCAGGACGGGGGACUUCCUCAUCGAGGUAAACCAGGAGAAUGUGGUGAAGGUGGGCCACAGACAGGUGGUCAACAUGAUCCGCCAGGGAGGGAACCGGCUCCUUAUCAAGGUGGUGACAGUGAGCCGGAAUCUGGACCCUGAUGAUACGGCACGCAAAAAAGCUCCUCCACCACCAAAGAGAGCCCCCACCACAGCCCUGUCCAUGCGCUCCAAGUCAAUGACAUCUGAACUGGAGGAACUCGUGGAUAAAGCCACUCUAAGGAAAAAGAAAGGUGACAAAGUUGAAGAGAUGACGCAUGCCCAGAAGACCUCACCUGUUGAUAUGAAGAUUGCCACAAUCAAACCACGCCCAUCCAGUCGCUGUUUGGUGACAGCAGCUGAUAUGAACUCCAUGUAUCAUGACCGCCAGGGAGUGGCAGUGGUGCCGCCCACUGUGCCGGGGGCCUUCCUGGGAAUACCUGAGAAGGGCACUAUGAAAAAGCAAAAGUCCAUAGGUACAACAGAGGAUGAAAAACAGGGAUUCCUCACACCUCCACUACUCAAGUUCUCCCGCAGCCUCUCUAUGCCCGACACCUCAGAGGACAUCCCUCCACCCCCAGCCAUUUCACCUCCUUCACCACCUGACUACAACUCAGCUGCUGGCCCUACACCCAAGAGCUAUGGCACCACACGACCCAGCUUCACCCAGAACUCACCCAAUGCGGUGAAGACCAUUAGCCGAACCACUGACGUUGGUACGUUAAGGCGUGGCUAUUUCCGCCAGAGCUCAGAGCAGUUUGAGAGCACACGCACUCGAGGGCGCACACCAGUGCCAGAGAACCCUUACUCCGAGGUGGGCAAUAAGACACUGUAUGUGCCAGCCAAACCAGCUCGAAGAAAGGGCAUGCUAGUAAAGCAGUCCAACGUUGAGGACAGUCCAGAGAAAACGUGUCACAUGCCAGCAAGCCCCUCUGGCGCAGUUUCCAUGCCUACUACGCCUGUAGAACGGACAUGCUCCUCCAUCCCAAUCCCCACAAUCAUCGUUAAGGAGCCCUCCACCAGCAGCAGUGGCAAGAGCAGCCAGGGUAGCAGUAUGGAGAUUGAGCCCACCACCCCUGAACACCCACCUCUCACACCCACUGUUUGUGGGAGCGGAGGGUUGCGUCCUGAAGACCCUAUGUCUCUAAGCAACCCCUUUGCAGCAGCCAUUGCUGGGGCAGUGCGGGACCGGGAAAAGAGGCUAGAGGCAAAAAAGCACUCCAUUGCCUUCCAGUCAAUAGACAUGGGGGAUGAUGACUUUAGCAGUCCCACGCCAACCCCUCGCCUUCGCCAGUCAAAGUCCAUCGAUGAAGGCAUGUUCAGUAGCGAUGAGCGGCUUCGAAGGAUAUUGGGUCCUCCUGCAGCACAGCUUGGGCCCCCUGUUGGGGGCGGUAGUGGCAAUAUGACAGAUUUCAACACCCCUGAGCCCACGGUGGUGCGGGAACCUCUAAACACCAGGACGGGCCAGUGUCCCAACCUGGACAGUCCUGUUAGUCUCCCAUCCACCCCUCCUAAGAGCCACUAUAGGGCUAAUGGGACCUACCUCCAUCCUGUCACCGGCAAGCCCUUGGAUCCUAAUUCUCCACUUGCCCUGGCCCUGGCAGCUCGUGACCGAGCCAUGAAGGAGCAACAAAACCAUCCUCAGAAUCAGCCACCAAAUCCUCCUCAGGUUCAGCAAGCACCCAAGCAUGAAGCCCAGUCCCUUCCAAUUCAGCCAAGCCACAAACCAGACCUCAACCAACCGCUGUUCAUUGACACUAAACUGCGCUCUGGGAUUGAGACAAGUUUUGCUACAAUCUCCACAGCAACCAUGGGGCGGCCUGGCCGAGGUGGCCUGCGGAGGCAGAUGACGGAGCAGAAGUAUGAGACUGAUGGGGCACGGGAAGAACGACAGCAUCAGGCAGUUGAGGAGAGGAAAAGCGCGCCGGCAGAUGUGGCAGACGCAUCACAGCCCAAGUCAGCCGGGCUGUUGAUGGUCCACACCAGCAACGAAGCAAGUAACAAGGUCAACAACCAAGAGGUCGAGGGGCAGGACAGCAACAGGCCAUCUGAGCUUAAGGACCCCAACCAACCUGACCCUCUCAAUGCUACAACUCUGUCCGUCAAUCCCCAGCCACCUUCAUCACGGAGGAGGAGUAUUCCCUUAGGGGAGUCUCUGGAUGAACCCGUAAAGCUGCCCUUCCGCAUCCCCCCUCCCCCCCUGGCCUCAGUUGACAUUGAUGAGGAUUUUGACUUCUCAGAGCCCCUCCCCCCACCGCUGGAAUUUGCCAACAGUAUUGACAUUCCUGAUGAUCAGGCUAGUGCCAUUGCAGAGAUGCUUCAGCAACAGAGACGGAAUGGGGGACCACCUCUACCCCCCUACCAUGCUCAUGCCCCACCACCUGUCACUGAUCAACACAAACGGGUGGCAAACAGCAUGCCCCCCUCAUAUCCUCCUCCUCCACCUGACUCAGAGUCAGGGGUGGGUGACUCGGGCAUCGAAGAGGUAGACAGCCGCAGUAGCGGGGAUCCUCAGCACAUGGAGACCACCAGCACCGUUUCCAGCAUCUCCACCCUGUCAUCAGAGGGAGGCUUCUGUGACAGCGCUCUGGAGAGCCUUUAUGCCACCGCAGACGGGCACGCCUUUCUGGUGGAUCGCCCCCCUGUGCCACCCAAACCCAAGGGCAAGUCUGUCAUCAACAGAACAUCGCUUUAUCAUGACGCUCUCAUUGAAGAGCCCCCAGAGUCCUAUGGGUCACCACCUCAGGCCCCUCCCCCUCCCCCUUCAUCCUCUGAGCCUCCUAGGACUCCUACUCAAAGGACAUCCAAGCUGUGGGGUGAUCAGCCCCCUGAGCUGCGCAGCCCCCCAUCCACACCAGACUCCAAGAACACCGUUAUCACCGAGCUGAGCUCCAUUCUGCAGCAAAUGAAUCGCGACAGGCCAGCCAAGCCAGGAGAGAGCCUUGACUCCCCCACGGGGAACAGGGGGGGCUUUGGAACAAGGCCUCCCACAGACGACUCAGGAAUGCGUAACAACGCUGCAGUUGCUGCCCUUACCUCCACCCCUCCCAGCAGCCUCCCAUCCCAGACGAACCCCUGCAGCCCGCCAGACUCCGGCUCCUCCCUCACCCCCUGCUCCUCCCUGCCGCCCUCUGUGUCCCCCACCCUCACAGAUGUCUUCGGCCUGCCCACUCCGCCCAUGGGCAGUGGUGGCGGUUACAGCCUGAGUUCCUCGUGUGGUGGCAGCGGGAGCUCGCGCUCCCCAUCGCCACUCACACUGAUGCAGGCGGUGGCGGCCUCAGGCAAGCCCUUUGCCUCCAAACCCAUGGAGCUUUGGAGCAAGCACGAUGUGGCAGACUGGCUGGAGAGCCUCAACCUGGGCGAGCACAGGGACGCCUUCCUGGACAAUGAGAUCGAGGGCGCCCACCUUCCCUCGUUGCAAAAAGAGGACCUGAUAGACCUGGGCGUGACAAGGGUGGGCCACCGCAUGAACAUCGAGAGGGCCCUCAAGCUGCUGCAGGACAGAUAAGCCCCGAGGAGAUGGGGUGGCGACAUUCGGAGUCAGGGCCGAGGAGAGGGAGGUGUUACCGAUCACUUUUACCAAUCUCUUCAUCAGACAUAAUCUCAAGUCGUUGAACUGGGUAGAAGUUUUGUCCAAGCUGAUGCUGCCUCUUGCUGUUUUUGUCCUCUCUCAUCCUCCGUCGCCCUCAUCUCAGUGCUCCGGUCUUGUCCGCCCUCUUCUUCCUUACCACUGCCCUGAGCAUCAGGGGAUCAUGGGAUGUCGGGCGGAAAUGCAGGGGGAGAGAGAAGAAAAUAGCUGCUAUGUCACAUCAAGGAUAGCGAAAGCAGAGGAGGCCACUAUGAAGGGGUGACCAGAAGUGAAAAAACUCUGGAAUAGUGUGUAUUCAAACACUGGAAAAAAUACUCUCCUGGAAGUUAUUUCACAUAAAGACUUGUGCUCACCCAACUGCUUUGGAAUACUGAAGACUUUUUCCAUACACCCUGGUGUGGGUGCAUGAAAAACCAGCUGAGCUGGUCGUUGCUCCUUUUCUAUCUUUGCUAGAGUUUGUUCAGAGAAUAAUAUUUCUUCACUAGAGUCCUACCGGAGUUAUAUUUCUGGGUGCAUCUAAGGUUGUAGAGAAAAAUUUGAGAUAGACUCCAUUUUUUUGCUUUUCACCUGUUUGUGUUAAAAUAAGAACAUUAGCUAACAUAUUUAAAUAAAUACUAAACCAUAUAUCGUGUCCAUGCACACACACACAUACACACACACACACUUUAUGCACAGUGCCACACACUGACAAAUGAGGUGACACACUCUUCACAGACAUACACACCCUAAGCAUGUGUACACACACUGUUACUGCAAUGGCCUUUUUCUCCUGAGAGAGAGCAAAGCGUGGAGAGACGUGGUCACCAGAGGAGGAGCUCUGCUGUAGCAGGGGCCCAGGGCCCAGGGCCCCUCGCCAGUCUACACCCACCCGGUGUCCACCGCACCAUACAAGGGAAACCGAGGAGAGGACAUGAGGUACAAGAUGGACAGACAAAUGUUGGACUAAAAAAAUUCUCACCUUGAAAUGGCUUUUACCAGCUUGUCUGUCUGCAAAGGCUGUCCUUGUCCCUCUUGGCUUUUCCCUCUAGUUUGUAUGUAUGUGUGUGUGUGUGUGUGUGUGUGUGUGUGUGUGUGUGUGUGUGUGUGCGCGUGCGUGUGCGUGCGUGCGUGUCAGUGGUUGAUCCAAAAUGUUAUUAAGGCCAGUUAAGCUAUUUUCAUGGAUCUGCUAUAGGCCACAGUAUAGGGAAACUAGAGCUGUUCUUUACUUCUAUACUUUACUUUCUUCAUUCUGUCAAAUCUCCUUCCACUUCACCAUUAGCAGGUCAACACUUUGUGUUCAUAUAGCCCCACAGAAAAUGCUAAUGUAUAAACACCCUGUGAGUAUGUGGUAGAAGUUGAGGUUUAUUAGAGAGAGUGUCCCAAGGUUCAUGUUUAAAGGAAUAGUUUGAAAUUUUGGGAAAUACGCUUAUUUUCUUUCUUGCUGUGAGUCAGAUGAGAAGCUGGAGCUGGGUGAAGAUAACCUAAAGGUCCAGAGACACUAAACCGUCAUCAAAAAACCAGCGGCGACAACAGCUGACUGUUGUGUCGCCUCACAUCACCUGUGUCUUGACUGAGAAGUUGCACAUGAACACACUGCAAAGACUACAGCUGACAGCUAGCCAUUAUGUACGCUCUGUACCCACAUAAGAGGAGAUAACUCUCCACACCAGCAGACAGUGGUAGUCGAUAUUUAUCAUUCAAAAAGGGAAAUAGGAAGACCACCUUGAUGCUUGUUAGCCAGUUACCAAAUUCACAACACAAUCCAAUGUUGAAAGAACAGAGCAUAUUUACCGUGCACCAGUGAACAAUAGCAUAAACCAGUGGUUAAAGAAAAUGAUCUUACAAGUUUGUUUUGAUCUCACUUCCUCUUGACUUUAGCUCUUUAUUACUUUUCUCACUUCGUUUCUCUUCUCGUGUGCUGAGCUGAACUGCCAAUCAGAGUGAUUUCAUUCGUCAACAGGCUCCACAGUCACCAACGUCAAUUCAACAUGCUGAAUUGGUUAAAAAUAAAGCGGACAAAGGCUGACUAGUGUCAACAGUGCAAGACACACCGCAAAGACUAGGACAACAGAUGUUUGGUAGCUUGCUAACAUAUUAAGCUAAACUGGUAAAUCAGCAUGUUAGCAUUGUUAUGUGGUCAUCCCCAUGUUCCCAGGUUCCUAUGCUCUUGAUAUAAACUAAGCAAUACACACACACACACACACACACACACAUUAUAUAUAUAUAUA